AUGGCUUAUAAAGCUUCCUCUUUCCUUGCAUUUCUUCUCAUCUCAAACAUCAUGCUUGCCACUACUUGGCAAGCGGUUGCUGGACGCCACAUUAUUCCAAAGAUCUCAAACACUCAAGACAAGAAGGAACCCCAGUUUUUCUUUAAGUCUGAUGGUAGUGUAUAUAUUCCAGGCAUUGGGCGAGUAGGAUUGCCACCACCACUGUUUGGUGUAACACCUCAAAAUCCAUACACUGGUGGCAGCGGAGGAGCUGGAUCAGGAUCAGCACCAGCUGGUCAUAGUUAUGUUCCAGGUGGUGAUGACACUUUUGUCCCAAACCCCGGUUUUGAGGUUCCAAAUCCUGGCAAUGGUGGUGGUGUUCCAAAUGCAGUUCAUCCAUGA